GUCAAGCUUUAGUUUGCGCUUUUAUUUUGAAAAAUAAAACGAUACCGGAUGUACUUAUUGGCCGUUGUUCGCUUGUAUCGGCGGUGUACAAAAAAAAAUGGCCAUCGGUGGGUUCGCUGAACUAUCGGUGCCGUUUUUAUUAAACCGUCUUUUCUACUAAACGACGCCGGCGGUCGCGAGCAGAUGUGGAGCCGUCGCGGUUCCAACUGACGACCGGCGGGGGAAGCUCCCGCCUCCAGGCCGCCGGAGAGGCGCCGCGUCCCGGGCUGGAAGCAGAUGGGCUCCUCGGUGUCUUCGGGUAAAAGGCGGAAGACUGCGCAUCGAGCCGCGAGCCCCCGCGAGCCGUUCCCCUCGUGAGGAAGCGGUCGGUUCACCGGAGGAACCGGCGGUCGGACCCGCGCCGCCCGCGGGAGAGAACCCGUUAUAGAGCCCCGCGUCCCGCGAGCAUCGGAUCAAAGACGACGGAGGAAAACCCUUUUCGACGGAUGACGUCACACUUCAUGGAGGGACGACUCGAGCUGAAACGGCGUUGACACUCAGCGGGACGACCCACCGAUAGACCCCCCCCCCCCCCCCCCCGGCAUGGCGAGCCGGAGGAAGACCACCACCCCGUGCAUGGUCCCCCCUCGGGAGGCCGUGGACUCGGACCAGGAGAUGGAGGACGUCGGCGACGCGCCCGAGCCGGACGAUGGCGGCGCGGCGGCCAUCUUCCCCGAGCCGCCGGAGGAGGCGGGCGAGGACUCGGGACCCGGGUCCACGCCGGACCUCUACCUGGACGCCAACAUGGCGGAGGGCGGCUACGAGUGCAAAUACUGCAGCUUCAAGACGGCGGAGCUCAAGCUGUUCACGCUGCACGUGGACCAGGAGCACCCCGACGUGGUCACCAACACCUCGUACGUGUGCAUGGAGUGUGACUACCACACCAAGAGCUACGACACCCUGCUGGCGCACAACGCUCGCCUCCACCCGGGCGCGGGCGCGUUCCGGCGCACGAUGGUGCGGCGCAGCCACGAGACGGUGUUCCGGCAGUCGGUGAAGCAGGAGGACGAGGCCGCGUCGCGCCGCAUCGCGCUCAGCCAGACGCCCAUCAUGAGGAGCCGCGGCCGGCCGGAGCUCAACAAGUUCGCCGGGCUGCACAAGAUGGCCGCCGCCGACGUCAUCAAGGUGGAGAGCGAGGAGGACGAGGAGCCGCCGGCGCCGUCUCCCGCCCCGGCGUUCGCCGCGGCGCCGCGCCUCGUCCCCGUCUCCGCGCCCGUGCAGGUGCACGCCGUGCCGCAGAGCAUCGUGGUCAACGGCUCCAACCUGCUGCAGAUCAAAGGCGGCGGCGUGCUGCCCCCCGGCACGCUGGCCCAGGUGCUGUCGGCGCUGCAGAACCAGCAGAACUGCAGCCAGACGCAGCUCCUCAUCCCCAUCAGCAGCAUCCCCACCUACAACACGGCCAUGGACAACAACGUCCUGCUGGUCAGCGCCUACAACAGGUUCCCGUACCCUUCGCUGUCGGAGGUCCUCGGCUUGUCGUCUCAGACCAAGUUCAGCGAGGAGCAGAUCAAAGUCUGGUUCUCCGCCCAGAGGCUGAAGCACGGAGUCAGCUGGACGCCGGAGGAGGUGGAGGAGGCGCGGAGGAAGAAGUUCAACGGCAUGGUGCAGGCCGUCUCUCAGACCAUCACCGUCAUCCCCGCCAACAUGGCCGCCGGCGGGCUGCAGUCCAUCUUCCAUACGUGUCAGAUCGUGGGCCAGCCGGGCCUCGUGCUCACGCAGGUGUCGGGCGGCGGGAGCGCCGUGCCGGUCGCCGCCCCCAUCACCCUGACGGUGGCGGGCGUCCCCGGCAACCGGCCCAAAGCCGCCGAGCCGUCGGCGACCGAGUCCAAGACGGAGACGCUGUCGGCCGGCGCGGUGCGCGGCCCGGACGCCGCGGCGGCGCCGUCGUCCUCCAAACCGAAGAAGUCCAAGGAGCAGCUGGCGGAGCUGAAGGCGAGCUACGGCCGCCGGCAGUUCGCCACGGAGGCGGAGAUAUCGCGUCUCAUGCAGGUCACCAAACUCUCCAAGCGGGCGAUCAAGAAGUGGUUCAGCGACACGCGCUACAACCAGAGGAACGCCAAGGACCACCACGGCGUGCCGCUGGGCGAAGCCCCGCCCACCAAGCUGCGAGGAGCGAGGAGCGGCCUCGACGACGACAGCGGCGGCGCCUCCACGAUCGUGGUCAUCGACUCCAGCGACGACGCCAGCGACUGCUCGCCGCCCGCCGCCCGCGACCCGCGCGUGAAGUUCCGCCACGCCUUCCCCGACUUCACGCCGCAGAAGUUCAAGGAGAAGACGGCGGAGCAACUGCUGGUGCUGGAGGCGAGCUACCAGGGCUGCAGCACGCCGCCGGACGAGGAGCUCGGCCGGCUGCGCGGCGCCACCAAGCUGACGCGGCGCGAGCUCGACGCCUGGUUCACCGAGAGGAGGAAGACGCCCUCGAAGGAGGAGGAGGAGGAGGACGAGGAGGACGAAGACGAGAGCCGGAGCACGCCGCCCUCCGGCAGGAAGUCGCUGAAGAAGACGACGGAGCAGCUGCACUUCCUGAAGAAGGCCUUCGUGCGGUCGCAGUGGCCGACGGCGGCGGAGUACGACGUGAUGGCGGCCGACAGCCGGCUGCCCCGGAGCUACAUCGUCAACUGGUUCGGAGACACGCGCUACGCCUGCAAGAACAGCAACCUGAAGUGGUUCUACCUGUACCAGAGCGGCAAGGUGGACGAAGCUCUGAACGGAGAAGUCAAGACCCAGAAGAAGUCCAGGAAGCGGUUCCGCGGCUGGUCCAGAAGGACACGCCGGCCCUACCCCUGCAAACGCUCGAGCCCACAAGGGGGCGCCACCCCCAUCAAGCUUGGAGAGAUGUCGAUGCGCGUCAGUGUUUCUCAGCUGGCGGCUCGGGACCCACCGACGGCCGCGGGGAGCGCCGACGGGGACCAGGCACCUGAUCGGGACCCGGCUCUGAGCCUGGGAGACGGCGCUUUGGGUCCCGCUGCAGCUGAGACGUACUGAGUCAGAGGACAUGGGGGGGGGAGGGGCGUGGCUUCUUUUUGCAGACGGGGACCAAUCGGACGCGUGGGAAAGACUCGCCGGGCGCCCUGCGAGUGAGUUUCAACCCCCUGCCGGGCUUUUAUUUUGGCGAGGAAGACGGAGCUUUUGUCAUUUAUAAAUAAAUAAAAAUAAAAAAGCAUUUUUUAAAAGAGACCUGUUUUUAAAGUGAGAGGCUUGCAUGGUUUUUAUUAAUAAUAAAGAAUAAAGGACCAUUUUCAAAACAGUGACAACAUUUUUCUGAAAGAAGUUUUCUACGUGUUUGUUGUUUGUGAAUAGACUCUCCGUGUCUCGUGGUUCUGACUUCGUUGAAUCCACUUCUGCAUUUUGACGUUUUUGUACGUUUUUUUAAGUCUUAACGACAAACAUGAAAUGUGCCGAGUCAUUCUGGGGCUCGAGUGUUUGGGUCACGGGGGGGAAAUCCACCCUAAAUACACAAUACGUCAGACUUAUUAAUAUAUUUAUUAUUAUUGCAUCGUGGACUCUUCUCCCACAAUGCAACAGGAACAGUAGUGUUAGCGUAAGAAAGUAGAAGCAGACAGUUAUUCUAUUUUCAUGGACAAUUUUCUCUGAAAAAAAUAAAUAAAGUUAUAUCUACGAUUAAAAAUAAAAUUAAAAUAACUGACAAAUUAAUUUUAAUUAUUGAUGAGUUCAGUGUCACUUUCAGAAGACCCUCGUCUCUAGACCCUCUCUAGACCUUCGUCUCUAGACCCUCGUCUCUAGUCCCUCUCCACACCCUCGUCUCUAGACCCUCUCUAAACCUUCGUCUCUAGACCCUCGUCUCUAGACCCUCUCUAGACCUUCGUCUCUAGACCCUCUCUAGACCUUCGUCUCUAGACCCUCUCUAGACCUUCGUCUCUAGUCCCUCGUCUCUAGACCCUCUCUAGACCUUCGUCUCUAGUCCCUCGUCUCUAGACCCUCGUCUCUAGACCUUCGUCUCUAGACCCUCCUCUCUAGUCCCUCGUCUCUAGACCCUCUCUAGACCUUCGUCUCUAGACCCUCGUCUCUAGACCCUCUAGACCUUCGUCUCUAGUCCCUCGUCUCUAGACCCUCUCUAGACCCUCGUCUCGACCUUCGUCUCUAGUCCCUCGUCUCUAGACCCUCGUCUCUAGUCCCCGUCUCUACACCCUCUUCUGUAGACCCUCGUCUCUAGACCCUCUUCUGUAGACCCUCGUCUCUAGAUCCUCGUCUCCAGCCCCUCGUCUCUAGUCCCUCUCCACACCCUCGUCUCUAGACCCUCUUCUUUAGACCCUCUUCUCUAGACCCUCGUCUCUAGUCCCUCUCUAGACCCUCUUCUUUAGACCCUCGUCUCUAGACCCUCGUCUCUAGUCCCUCUCUAGACCCUCUUCUUUAGACCCUCUUCUCUAGACCCUCGUCUCUAGUCCCUCUCUAGACCUUCGUCUCUAGACCCUCUCUAGACCCUCGUCUCUAGACCCUCUCUAGUCCCUCGUCUCUAGACCCUCGUCUCUAGACCCUCUCUAGUCCCUCGUCUCUAGACCUUCAUCUCUAGUCCCUCGUCUCUAGACCCUCUCUAGUCCCUCGUCUCUAGACCCUCUCUAGACCUUCGUCUCUAGACCCUCUCUAGUCCCUCGUCUCUACACCCUCUUCUGUAGACCUUCGUCUCUAGUCCCUCGUCUCUACACCCUCUUCUCUAGUCCCUCGUCUCUAGACCCUCUCUAGACCUUCGUCUCUAGACCCUCUAGUCCCUCGUCUCUACACCCUCUUCUGUAGACCUUCGUCUCUAGUCCCUCGUCUCUACACCCUCUUCUGUAGACCUUCGUCUCUAGUCCCUCGUCUCUACACCCUCUUCUGUAGACCUUCGUCUCUACACCCUCGUCUCUAGACCCUCUCUAGAACUUCGUCUCCAGACCUUCGUCUCUAGUCCCCGUCUCUACACCCUCUUCUGUAGACCCUCAACUCUCGUCCCUCGUCUCUAGAUCCUCGUCUCCAGCCCCUCGUCUCUAGUCCCUCUCCACACCCUCGUUUCUAGACCCUCUCUAGACCCUCGUCUCUAGACCCUCAACUCUAGACCCUCGUCUCUAGAUCCUCGUCUCCAGCCCCUCGUCUCUAGUCCCUCUCCAGACCCUCGUCUCUAGACCCUCUCUGGACCCUCGUCUCUUGUCCAUGACACAAUGAUCCUUUAUGAGCCUCAAACUGGUUCAAACGUGUAUCUUCUCCCUGAGAACGAUCUCUUCAGAUGCAUUCUGGGUAAUGUAGGCCCUCCAGUGUCAUCAUGAACUCCACAAUAAAAGUUUUUACGGUGGAUUUGUCUUUUUUGAGCUCUGAGAAAACAAAAGUCCAAGAUGGCGGCAGAAGUUACAGAUUGAAUUUGUCACGUUUAAAGCAUGUUUGUUGUUGUUUAAACAACAAACGUGUGUUGAUGGACUUGAGACGACGAACCCUGAGUUUGAGUCAAAUCAGAAAAGAGUCAAAAUCACUUCAGGAACCGCCGACGUUACCUCAACGCUAACCGCUACGGGCAAGUUACGAGGACACGGAAUAAUAAUGUCUCUCAGAUGGCCUCUCUGUCUCUCUCCCCCUCUCUCUUUCUCUCUCUCGCUCCAAAGGAAAGACAUCCUUCAGAAGUUAUCUAUGGGUGAAGCUCAUUGGUCCUUCAGGGUUUCCUCCAGGGGCGGGGCUUAAAAAGAAGACGAUCUGGGUCCUUUAAUCUGUUUAGUCCUCAAGUUAUUUAUGAUCUUUCAUGGAGAUCGGAUCUGUUCUUCUCUUCUCUGUUCUUUUUAUUUUGUCUGCAAGAAACAACAAAAAAUUAAAAACAUUUUGAGUA